GAAACGAACGAGCGCCCUAUCACUACGUCCCGGUCGCGCGCGCACGAAAAGUUAUUCUCUUCGUCAUAUUCUUGUGACGAUUUGUGGAGUGAAACUUGUGAAAAACUGAAAACCUUGACUAAAACUGUGACUGUGAAAACAAAGGCACUUGGAUUUUGUGUACAGCGUGGCCAAUUUGUUUUGUUUGGUGCCGGCGUUUUGACUGCUGCUUGGUUGUGACGCAAACAGAAAACAGAAGCUUAAUGCGACUCCUGCCACGACCAGACAAAAUAUAAGUAAUUACGCGAUGGAAUGACAUCCGGCGAGGAUGCGGUGGUUCAAGAAGGGCGAUCCGCCGCGCCUGUUGGCCGCGUCGCCCGAGCCCGAAACACGCUCUUCGCGCCGCACCAGGAUUGACAUGUCUCCAGGACGGUUUGCCAAUCGGAACAGUAGCAGCAGUUCAGUGGAAACAAAUUUCUAUAACCUCAGUGACCAAAUAAUAAUCGUAGAUAAAUCACCGAUUCCAUGUCACCAAAGUGAGGACACACCUGUUGCUCGCCGAAUAUCCGUGCAGAACAGCUUCACUCCACCGCAAGAAACAUACACGAGUCGCAAAAACCGCGGGAGCUCUUUGGAAAAGGAGUACAUGGUGUACCGCGAAAAACGAAAUCCGCUACUCGACAAAGUGAAAAAUACUAAAUUGUCCUGUUUCAAGUCUAACGGACCAUUGCAUUAUGGAGAUGACGCUGCUUCGACUUCGGGUAGCGAGUGUAGUCGAUUUGGACUUCCGGAAGAUGUUGCUCAUUGUCGAUAUGACGGAAACUAUCCCAAUAGUCACAUUGAAUUUGAAAACCAAAAUCCCUGGGUAAGAAUGCCGAACUACGAUGACGAUGUGUUUGUUCCUAAAGUCAUUCCAACUCAUGUUGAUAGACACUGGAGAGAUGGUAAAUCAUUCAAUGCUAGAGGCACCAGAUGCUACAGCUCAGGAUCUGAAUGUGAUCGCUAUCAUCCUGUGCCUAAAGUCGGCACAAAACUUUCCAAGUCUAGUGAUCAAAUAUUUAAUGAUGAUUACGAAAACUUUGAGAAUGCACCUUCAAAUAUUCUAAUCAAACCACAAAAAAAGACUGAUAAAUUUAAGCAAAAAGAUGAUAAGGACACAAUCGGACCUAGUUCUUGUCUGUCAGCUAAGCUAAGAGCAAUGUCAGAUAGAUAUCUAAAGUCCUCCACAAAUAAGUUUUUCUCCAAACUUUAUAAGCAAAAAGGUGACGAGGACGAAGUGGAUGGGAGUAAUGAAAAUAUAUUAAAAUCAACCAGUGCAUUGAACAGGAGUCGAAAGAAACGUGGUGGCGUCAAAGCGAAAUUACGGAGUUUUUCGUAUGGUGCACUACCAGGUUUAGAUGAAUUCCAAAAAGGCAAUAGCUCUGUGUUUCAUGAUGAUGUUUACCAAGUGUCAUGUGAUGAUGAAAAUGUGUUAAUACAAGACUGUGAAGAUGCUGACUCAGGAAUUCUAGUCAACGAAUCGGCAGCCUCUUCAAUAUUUGAUAGUGAUAGAAUAUCUUCUCGCUGUGAAAGCUCUGCGUCACAUGCAAAUACUUUAGUACCUUGUCACGGAAGAAGCGUAUCUGGUGAUCACACUUAUAUAAAGGCACGAACUUCAAGCCGGUUGAGUAGAGAUAGAAACAGCGGUUCUAAACCACGGGUUAGACAUAACCAAAGGGCAUUAUCACUGGACCGUAAAGAGAUUUUAAGACGCAUGCCGAAGAAUAGUGUAUCUGAGGAACCUCAUUUCUUGCAACUGACAGAAAAACAAAAAAUGAGGCAAAGAGACGUUAACCAAGGUGAUGCUGGUAUCCCACCGAUUCCUCCCUGCAGAAAACCUACCAAAUGUAAUAAAUCCGAAAAACUGGAAUACAAAGUGGUGCGUAUCGUCCGCCGACACCCUUCUGAAGAAUUAGGAAUAUUUAUUGCAAAAACAAAACUGCCCGAUGAAGGCCAUGUUGGAUACUUGGUAGCUCACGUAGUUCCAGGAGGACUCGCUGAAAAAGAAGGGACGUUGUGUAUUGGCGAUGAAUUACUUAACGUGAAUGGGCGAAGACUUCGUGAUCUUACAAUGGCCGAGGCAAAAGAAGCUCUUAAAUCAGGGGCCCCUGAAAUCGAUAUUGUAAUAGGCAGGCAGCAAGACAAAACGACCCCUAAUGUUAAACAAAGACCAUCUUCCCAAAAAAAGCCACUAAUGAUGAGAGAGAGCUCAGUUGAUUACGAAAAUGCAGUAAUUUUAGGUAAAGACAGGCGAGUCGAUAAAAUUGACGUCAGGAUAGACCGGCGGCGGUCGCAGGACGAGUCGUGUAAUCAGAGCGCGCUAUCUGCAACGGACGGGGCGAGCGACGGCGCAAACACACACUCACACUUCCAUAAGGGCCAGAACGCGACCUACAGCAGCAUGAACAACAAGCUGCUACGCCGGCAGGUCGUCAGCUACGGUGGCGCCAACAAGGAGGGCCUCGCGCUCAGUUGUGCCGGUGACAUCGUCGACGUCGACACGCCCGACGCAGCGGAACGGACCAAAGUCAAAAACAACAUUGAACCGCAUACACCGAACGCGGCAAACUUUUGCACGCUUCCCCGCAAGCCGAAAGCACCCACGCACAGUUACCACACAAUCACGUUCGAAAAGGGCCACGGGAAGAAACCUCUCGGCUUCACCAUCGUAGGAGGACGAGACUCCCCUAGAGGUCCGCUGGGAAUAUUUAUAAAAAGCAUCUUACCACAGGGACAAGCUAUCGACGAUGGAAGACUUCAAGCAGGAGACGAGGUGCUGGCGGUGAACGGGCAAGCGUGUCAUGAGCUCGCGCACGUGGAAGCGCUGGCCCUCUUCAAAGCGGUGCGCAAUGGCCCCAUCGAGCUCAGAGUCUGUCGGAGAGCAAGGAAUCCUCAAACUACCAAAGCGAAGUCAUGUACAGAUCUUCUCAAUGACGAAGAAUGAAUAAUCACUACCAUCGUUAUGCUGCUGUAAAUAUUACUAGAUUGUUAUGUUAAUAUUAAGAGUCAAAUCUCAAAAUAAUCAGUUAAACAAUUAUAAAUUAAUAUAUAAGUAUAUAUUUAUCAAGUAAAAUAAAAACGCAUUAAGGGUCCCCGGCGAGCUCGGUUCUCCAUACAAACGUAGUUCCGCUCUCAUUUUAAAACGACUAGCUAGAUUGCUCUGAAACUUUGUACUUACAGUAUGAUAAGGUAUAUCUAUGUCUGUAAUUAGUGUAUGUAGCUUCAGAUACCAUAGUUAUAAAAAUACAGCGAAUUUAAGUUUUUUAUACAAAAACUUGUUUUUGAUCGAUUUCGUGUGUUUUAUAAACUAGAGCUAUAGAAACUAAUUACAGACCUAGAUAGAUAUACCUCAUUUCAUUGUAUGUGCAAAGUUUCAUUACAAUCCAACACGUCGUUUUAAAAUGAGAGCGGAACUACGUUUGUAUGGGAAGGUGCAAUUCGGCCGAGCUUGACGGGGACUCUUAAGUAUGAAUGUAUCAAAAUAUUGACAUUUUAUUGAAAUAGAAGUAUUGUUGUUUUAUAUUUCUACACCGCGCAUGCAUUUUCUAUGAUAAUCAGAAUGUUUUGAGAUAGCAUUAUGUAUGUAUACUGUAUGUGCCAUUUAUUGAACUAAGUACGUAGGUCAUAACACCCAUGUCACACCUAGUACCUAUUUAUACUUUCUAAAGGGCUUAGAACUAGGGCUUCUUUUUUCUAAAUCACAAUUUAAACAGAUUUUACUUUUAUUGUAGUAACAAAACCUAUAUAUUGGACUUUUCUGAGGCCCUUCUUCGGGAUUAGUCGAAAACAUUUUGCUCCUGCAUCGGAGAUAGAAUGUAAGUUAAACUAGAUGUUUAUUACAAUGUUUCGAAAGCUUCAAUUUCAUUGUACGGACCUAAAAAGGUUUAGGACUGAGUUCUAAUACGUGCGCUGAAAAACACUAGCUUUUCUUAAAAUUAUGUACCUACCUUAUUUUAUACUUAUUCAAAAGUUCACUCAAGUCUUGAGGUGGUUUACCCCUUUUUCAAUUCAAAGUACCUAUUACGUUAAGUAUUAAAACAAUAUAUAUGUACUUACUUGUAAAACAUACCAUAUGUGUACACUUGUAGCUCUUCCAGGUUCAAAACUUUACAUGAAAAGUUAUUUCUAAAGAGGCAUGCCAUGUUUUUUAAAAUCGCAAAAAGUUUGACUGUGCGGGCUGCGUCGACCCAUAAAAACUCGAACUUGUUUUCAUAUUUGCACACAAACUUACCACUUUAGACUUUUUGAUGGUUACAUUGAAAACUCGUUUGACUUUUUUCGAUGGUCGCGUGUUUCGUAACAGCAAUGUUUAUGGCGGUCCUGUAAUUCUGUGUUUUAAUGGUUUUGAUAAACUUGAUCUCCUUUUCAUUAUAUCCUUAGGAUGGUCGCUGACACAUGUAUUGUCUUGUUCUACAAGGAGGCUACGUUUUAUUUUCUUUUUUUACGAUACAAGGGAUAGGUACUUCAAUUGCAUUCUUCGGGGAGCUUUUUUAAAAACAUCUGCUAUAAAACUAUUAAAACAGCCAGGAUUAGAUCUUCUAUCUAUACUUACCGCUUUUUAAAUUUCUUGAAUACAUCUUAACUUUUGGGAUGAGGACUUUCCUUAAUUCUACAAUCAUAGAAGGUACGAUUUUUUUCCCAAUCCGGAGAAGUUGUCGGUUUAGAAAAUCAAUCAAGGUGGAUAGACUUUAUAUGGAAAUUCCAUGUAAAGUACUUAAUCCGUUUUGAUUGAGUUGCUCUAAGACACUUCUGAAGCGUAAUAGUUUUCUUUUCGGACAUGCGUUUCCAAAAAUAAUAAUAUGUAAUUGUUAUUUGUAGCCUCGCUGUUUGUAUGUAAAAAUAAAUCUCGGCAUUACGUUGUCUUGACUAUUAUAGAAUUAAAUAAUUGUUAGUGAUGUCAUUUUUAGAAUUUAUAAUUAUGUGCAAUAAGACUUGAUAAUUGGCAGUACUGUGCACUAUUCAAUUGUUCUGUAUGUAAUGUAAGCCUAUAUUCGUGAUCGGCCUGAGUAGACUAAGCUUCUAACAGCAAAGAACAUGUAAGUCCCUAGCAACCUAUUAAGUACCAUUGGCUAGCCCAU